ACCGCGUCCCCUUCGAAGGCGAGGAGCGCGUCGGUUCCGAGGUCUUCUUCGGAACCGGCGAAGAAGAAGAAGAAGACCAAACAUCACCGGUCGCCGCGUCCCGCUCCCCAGGAAGAGGUCAUCGUGCUUCCUCACACGCCUUCCCCUCAUCUGGAUUCCCCGGAGCCAGAGGACAUCUCCGUGCCGGUGCCGGAUCCGAUGGCCUUCGAGACGGUGCCCGCAGAAUUCUCUUCGGGACCGGAGCCGAGCCCGCGCCGUCGGAUCCGAACAUCGCCUGCUCUUCGGUCGCCGAGGCUGGAACCGAGCCCGUCUCCUCGUCGGAGCCGUCCGUCGCCUGCCCGUCCGUCUCCACCAGCUGCCGGUCGUGAGCGACGUCGGUCUGGGGACAGUGUCCGAUCGGCCCGGUCCACUGCGUCCCGACAUCGACAGGCCUCCUACCUCCCCUCGCCAUACCAUUGCCAGUGGGAAGGGGCACCUGCGGGUUUCUCCGUGUCGGAACCGAGGCCUUCGACAUCGAGGUCGACGUGGGCUCCCCCUCCGCACCAGGUUCCGGAAUCCCAGCUCGGUUCCGAUGAGGAGGAUGUGGAGAGCUUUGGCGGCUACCAGUCGGAGUCCUGGUCCGAACCAUCGCCAGCUGAGGAGCUGGUACCAUCUGCGGACUCGCCAUUCGAGGACCUCCGCAUCUACGCCGACCAGAUGGCAAGGAUGGCCAAGGCUCUCGAGAUGGACAUCUCCUCGGCAGUUCCCCAGACCAAGGACAAGCUCCUCAAACGCAUUUACGGAGACAACCCGGCAUACGUUGGCUUCCCCAUGCUCGAGGGUCUUGAGGAAAUCGUGGAGAAGGUAUGGCAGGUGCCCUGCGAUCAACCUCCAACAUCCAAGAGGAUUGAGCAGCUCUACAAGAUCAAGCAGGGUACCUGGCCGGCGCUGGUGAAACACCCUCCACCUUCCUCCUUGGUCACAGAGGAGUUCAACCCCAGGCGAUCGGGUCACUCCUCGGUACCUGCCGAUAAGGAGGGCAGGAAACUGGAUGCCAUGGGCAGGCGCCAGUACAUUGUUUCAUCCCUGGGUCUGAGGAUUGCCAACUAUCAGACCAUCAUGGCAGGGUACCAGCUGUACCUCUGGGAGAAGUUGGCAUCCUAUACACGAGACCUCCCUCCUGAGCAGAAGGCUGUGGUGUCCCUGCUGCAGACAGAGGCUGUGAGGCUGUCUAAGCAGCAGAUGAACGCUGGAAGCCACGCUGCUGACACUGCUGCUAGAGGGAUGGCUUCGGCGGUGGUCCUCAGGCGCCACUCCUGGUUGCGGUCUACGGCCCUGUCCCAAGAGGUGCGUUCCAGAGUGGAGAGCAUGCCAUUUGAGGGGGACUCGCUCUUUUCCAAGGCGACCGACGAGACCCUGAAGAAAAAGAAAGAGGACCGGCAGACGGCGCGGUCUUUGGGUCUGGCUCCAGCGGACAAGCCCUCCUCCAGGUCACGGUACGCUCCCCGAUCUGGCCCUUACCAUUACCAGGGCAGAUACCAUCAACAGCGGCCGGGCUACCAGCAGUAUCCUGCCUACCAACAGCGGCCCUACCCUCCCGCACAACAGCAGAGGAGGCGUCGGCCCUUCAAGCCUCGUCCGGCACAACAACCGGCCCAGCAGAAGGAUCAGCAGGGCACCGGGAGGCAGUACUGACGGGUCACGCCAGCCGUAUCCCCGAACUUUUCGGACAGACUUAGUCCACUCCUCUCUGAGUGGGAGUCAAUAACAUCUGACUCAUGGGUCUUAACUAUUGUUGAACUGGGAUACGGGCUGGAGUUCGUUGAGCUGCCUAGAUGCAGUUCACCCCUGACAGCUGUCAAUAACACUAUGGCCGAGCUGGAUGCGGAGAUCGUGUCGCUCUUGGCCAAGGGUGCUGUGGAAGAAUUGCCCUAUGAGGACUCUGUAAAGGGAUUCUUCUCUAGGUUCUUCCUGGUCCCUAAGAAGGAUGGGGGCUUACGUCCCAUCUUAGAUCUGAGGGGCCUUAAUGCCUUCCUCAAGGUGACCAAAUUCAAAAUGGUAACGUUGGCGGCUGUGAUCGCCUUGCUGAAACAGGGGGAUUGGU